UAAUGAUAAGGAAUAAAAGGCCGGAAUAGCACAUUUCGAGAUAUACGGUAUUCUACAUACAGAGAGAGAGAUAUAUAAUACAUCACUUAUCAGGUCCUGACCGGUCGUCAAUAUGAACGCCUUCUGUUUCCUCUUUCUGUUCGGACAACUAGCGCUCUCUUCAGGAGCUAUCAACGACAUAGAGUGUACCCACAGCCACCAUCGUCACCACGCCCGGGGGACGGCCUACUACCCCGCGGACGACCCCAUUGAGGGCGGGUUUGUGGACAUGCGCGACCACCCUCUUAUGACGCUUCAGGAUUACUUGGAAGGACGCGUUACCCACGUGAGCGUUGCUAUGGACAACCGUGCUGGGAUUCCUUAUGGAACUCACGUUUGCAUUCCGGAAUUAAACAGGAAAUACCAUAGAUUUAUUGAUUUUGUCGUAGUUGACACUGGAUCCGCCUUCUAUGGUAAGGGGUACAGCAGAAUAGACAUAUGCGUGCGCAACCGUCAGCUCUCCUUUGACGACACCAUCAAUGGUCCUCUUACUCUAGCCUUUCAUUAGAUAGUGUCAACGUGGUAAAAAAAUAAACCAUUAUUGAAUCAGAUUCCA